AUGUCUGACCUUUUGAGUGUAGUCCUUCCUCUUCAUCAAGUCCCAACUGGACCAACCUCUGCAAACAUCUUCGUUCCAAUUGCUACGGAUGCGCCACCCGCGCAAAUCAAGCAACGAUCCGAUCACCCUGUAAAACAGCUCAACAUAUACCCACAAGACAACCCCUAUGAGACGAACAAGUUCUACGCAAACUUCUUCCUCGGCGGACAAUCCAAUCCGACAUGGACACAACCAUAUUCGGUGAGCUGGUCGAAAGGAGGAGGAAAUGCUGAAAGCUGGGGUCUAGCAGUCUCGCACACUGAGCAAAGCCAACUAGCAUGGGAUUCUGGCGACCCUCCGCGGUACUUUAUUGGCCCAAUUGGUCUACAAUCCAUCAUCUUCUCUGCAGCUGAACUUGGAGAAUCCACUGUCCUCUCGACAGAUACCCUCCAGGGCUUCUCCGCAAACGUCAACCUUGCCCCAUCCGCGCAGGAUGAGACUAUCAUCACCUUUCCCCUAGCUCAAGGGAUGGGGUUUGUUACCGCAGUCUACACUGGAGGGUCUCCAAUUCUCCAGAGCGGGAUUUUCUUCAAGACGUUGCAAUACGUUGGCGAGCUUAAUGCUGUCACUUUCAAGUACCAAAUCGUGCUCAAUGAUGGUACUGACUGGCUUCUCUAUGCCACCCCGACCGGUAGCCUCGGAGCACCUCCAUUUACUCUCGAAAAUAGCACAACGAUUUUGGGACCCGAGAAGUUUCAAGGCUCUAUCCAAGUUGCGAAGAACCCAGCCGGAACAAGUGGAGAGAGUUCGUACGAUGCGUCCGCUGGAUCUUUCGCGCUGAGCGCCUCGAUCUCUGCGUCGGUCGAUGCUAACUCUGGAAGCUAUACGCUGGCUUGGGAGAAGGGAGGAAUUCAGAACCAGACGUUGCUUAUGUUCGCUCUUCCUCAUCUCGUCGACUCUUUCGACGACACGACUUUCAACGCGCUCACUGAUAUUAACAUGACGACCAUUACGAAAGGUAACGCUAAAGCUGUGAUGGCUGACAGCAUCACUAUGAUUGAAGGGAGUCUUCCAACGGAAAUGGGAUUCGCUCCGUGGCAAUCAACCGGCAAUGGUGGUCAAGGAACUGUUGGGAACCAGCUAUCCACUGCAGCCAUUACGGCGAUCAACAACGCUGCAGCGACAGAGCUGAACGAAGAUUUCGUUGCACAGUCGGUUCUUGACAGCAUGUACUAUAGCGGGAAGGGCCUCGCCAAAUUUGCAGGUGUAAUCUAUACGAUGCAAGAUCUGGCCGGCAACUCUGCACUUGCAGCAGCUGGACUAGAUAAACUCAAAGACGUUUACAACGUCUUCGUAAACAACACCCAACAAUACCCCCUCGCAUAUGACACCGUCUGGAAAGGCGCCGUGUCCACCGGCGCCUACAUCACCGGCGACACAGGCGUCGACUUUGGCAAUUCCGUCUACAACGACCACCACUUCCACUACGGCUAUUUCGUCUACGCCGCCGCCGUCAUUGGCUACCUCGACCCCAGCUGGCUGACCGAGGGCGACAAUAAAGCCUGGGUCAACAUGCUCGUGCGCGACUACGCGAACCCGUCCGCUGACGACCCAUACUUCCCCUUCCAGCGGUCGUUCGACUGGUUCCACGGCCACUCAUGGGCGAAGGGGCUGUUCGAAUCCGGGGACGGGAAAGACGAGGAGUCGAGCUCGGAGGACGCAUUCGCGAGCUAUGCGAUCAAGAUGUGGGGGUCGGUGAUUGGGGAUGCGAACAUGGAAGCGAGGGGAAAUUUACAGCUUGCCGUGCACGCUAGGAGCUUGCAGCAUUACUUUUUGCUGGAAAGCACGAAUAAAGUGCAGCCUGCGAAGUUCAUCCCCAACAAAGUCACUGGGAUUUUGUUUGAAAACAAAGUCGACCAUACAACAUACUUCGGCACCAACCCUGAAUACAUCCAGGGCAUCCACAUGAUUCCGUUGAACCCGUCCUCUAGCUACACACGCACCAAGAAUUUCGUAAAAGAAGAGUGGGACACGUAUUUCGGUAACGGCUACGCAGAUACAGUUGAGGGAGGGUGGAGGGGGAUACUUUAUGCGAAUCUGGCGCUGGUAGACCCGGUCAGUUCGUAUAAUUUCUUUGCAGCGGACGAUUUUGACUAUACUUAUCUGGAUGGAGGCGCAAGUCGGACGUGGUAUUUGGCGUAUGCGGCGGGGUUAGGGGGCGCGGCUUAGAGCCGGAUCCGGAGAUCUGGAGGUGAUUUGGGAUGAUAGGUGGUUCGAGGAAGGACAUGUGCGUAUGUAGAUAUGUAUGUGUGUGAAUAGAUAUACCCUAUGUCAGAGUUAUGAUAUGUCGGAUCACGAAGUAGCAGAUUUGGAGCUUUCAAGUCCUUCUCAAAUCAGAAGAGAUUG